AUGUCCGUACGGCCGACGACGGCGCCGUUGCGCAUUGGCCACGGCGCCCGCCCGUUGGCCAGUGAGAGCCACUGGUUGCUGUCCACGGCGGGUAAAUGGACCGAGGAGGACGAGAAGGAAUGGAAGCGCCAACAGCAUCGAGAGAACAUGGUCUUCUUCCGACGCAAGAAGAAGGAGCAGCAGGCGGAACUGCGCAACCUGCACCAGCAGCUCGAACACCGUCUACAGCAGCAUCUGGCCAUGCAGCGCCGUGCCGCGGCGCGCGCGUCCAGAGCUCAGCAUCGACCUGAUCGAACCGAACAGAAGCGCGCCGCGGUAGUCCACUUGAUAGCGGAGACGGAAGCACUCAAGAUUGAGAAUACGGCGCUACGAGAUCGCAUCGACAACCACAAGACGCUGCGUGAAAGCGUCGUUGAAGCCGGCGACGGGAUCGAGUCGAACGCCACUGAGCCCACUAGUAGCGUCAGCAGUCGGGACGGGAGCAACUCAGACUCGUCACUAUCGGGGAGCUCCCUGUCCUCUGGUUCCUCGUCCUUAUCGUACUUGCUCUCGUUGCAGCGCGGCUGGCGCGUCCACUUUCCAGACGGCGAGCCAUCCUUCCACUUCCAUCCAUUCUCUAAGGAGCAACUGGACGCUGUUCGACAAGGUUACGACGCCAAGUUCGCAAUGUCUCCGCCAAUGGAGUCUGUGGGGAACAUGUUCGGGUGGGACGUCGAACGUGCGCCGUUGAUGCCUCAUCCGACUCUGAACGUACUGAUCUCGCGGGUCCGAUACACGCGACGCAUUCACUGUGCUGGAGGAUCGGCGCAUGGUACGAUGGACAAGCUGGACGUGGACUCUUGGCCAGUAUUGACGACUCCUGAGUUGUGGCAGCGUAUCCACGGGAAUGUCCAUGUAGUUACGUCUCAGGUUCUGCAAGCGGUCGACGAGGACACGUACGUCAUCGCGCGGAAUACUCCGAAUCCCACGCUUGGUGUCAACGUUCGAUAUCUCAACUUAGUAAGUCGGCGACGACUUCAGCUACCAGACGGACGACGGUCAAUCAGCUACGCCUUGGUGGUCGUGACUUCUGAUGCAAACAAGCGCAGUCGCGAGGCGGAGCCAGAAGCCGAACGGCGACGUGUACACUGGGUAAACGAAGGCGGAGCGUAUAUGACGCUUACGCAGCUCGAUAAUGACACACUUGAGGUGGUGUACGACCACUGCUCCGGCUGUAUGAAUGAACAGCAUGCGCAGUACUGCCUCGUGGACUGGGGCCACAUCGUUAUCCGUUGGGAACAGCUAGUAACGCCGUCACGGACGCUCGCAUUCUGA